AUGAACAGGCAACCAUAUCCUGGAAUGAUGCCUGGACAUCCUGGACCGCCACAAGGGCCACCGAUGAUGAUGAUGGACCCGUCCCAGUCAAAUGGACCUCAUCAAAUCCCCAAUCGGCCACCUGGUGCAGCUGGACCAGCACAACAACCUCCGGGAAUGAUGCAAAUGCCCAAUGGAGCACCUUCUGCUGGACAGCAGCCACACCCACACCAACAGAUGCAAGGUGGGCCCGUAUCCCAACCACCACAACGAACAGGAGGAACGCCGUUGACCCCGGGAACUCAAGAUCCCGAGAAGCGGAAGUUGAUCCAACAACAAUUAGUACUGUUACUGCAUGCGCAUAAGUGUCAACAGCGAGAGCGGAACCCUGCUGAAGCGGCAAAUGGCCGAACACCUUGCAAUUUGCCUCAUUGCAACACGAUGAAGGAAGUUUUGCAACAUAUGACUAUCUGCCACAAUGGGAGACAGUGCACUUAUGCCCACUGUGCCUCUUCAAGGCAAAUCAUUGCCCAUUGGAAGAACUGUAAUCGUGACGAUUGUCCCGUUUGCAAACCUCUGAAGAGUAUUCAGAAUCAACCGUCAGCGGCUGGAAGUGAGCUAUGUCAGACGUUACAAGAUAUGAGCCAAUUGUUAGGACCAGGAUCUGUUGGAGCUCCUGGAUCAGUAGGAGGUGGUAGUAUGGGUCCAGGCGGCCCACAAUCGGUAGACCCAAUGGCUCAGUUUGGAUCUCCGGCCCCGGCAUCGAAUACCGGAGGUGGGGCUAAUGCAGCACCUUCAGGACCCGGCAGUGUUCCCGGUGGACCCCAUAGCGGACCGAUGUCCGCUGCUGGCUUGCUCAAUGACUAUAAUCCUCCGAUGAAUGAUCCCUUCCGCUCACCGAAUCCUCCCAAUAAACACGCUGGUCCAGGGUCUGUCGGAGCCGCUCCAGGUGGUCCACACCAUGGAAUGAUGGCUAGAGCGCCUGGCGACUUCUCGACUAUCAAUUUCCCGCCUCCAGAUGUACCUAGUCAUGCAAAGGCA